UUGUAGGAGGUUGUUCACAUGAUUUUCUGUUCAAUCUGAAUAAUAGGGUAAAUCAAAGCAUAAACCGGUACAAUUACUAUUCAGUUGUGAACAUGUGCUGAUAUUAUUGCAAUGUGUUAAUCUUUUCCUGUUUUAUUUACAAGAUAAUUGUAUUUAAUUACUGUUAUUAGACAAUGAACAUCUUACAAGACAUUUUUGUGAAUUAUUAGGAUGUUUAUAAGCCAAAAUAGACUUAAAGAAAGGGAGAAAACUCGCGUACUGAAAUAUUUUCACGGUGUGAAAACUGAAAACUGACAAGCGACAAGGAAGGAAAACGAACAUAACAGCGCAAUAACCGCAAACAAAGGAUACACAGGAACACGUUCUUUUUAAGAAAAGACCCAGCAGUUUAUGCUUAUCUGACUUAACCCUACCGCCAGUGACAGAGCCAUGGUUCUACAGGGGGCCCUGUCCGAGGGUGAUGCCCAGUCUCAGAUCACGUUUGAGGACGUCUCACACGGGGGUCUCCUGAUGCGAGGACUCAACAAGCUGCGAGACCAGAAGCAGCUGUUUGACGUGGUCCUCAUUGUGGAGAAUGAGAGACUACCUGCACAUAGGGUUGUACUGGCCUCGUGCAGUGACUACUUCAGAGCGAUGUUCACGAAUGGUCUGAUAGAGUGUAGCCUAGAUGAGAUUUGCCUCAACGGUGUCACUGCAAUGGGUAUGCGGGCGCUCAUAGACUUUGCCUACUCCUCCACUGUCGAUAUCAAUGAAGGAAAUGUUGAACAUGUGCUGUGUGCAGCCAACCACGUCCAACUCUUGCCAGUUGUUCAGGCAUGUGUCAGUUUCCUGAAAUCCAACAUUUCAAUCUCGUACUGUGUUGAGCUGCUAAAUCUUGCUGAAUUGUUUGAUUUACAUGACCUCCAGACAUUUGUUUACACAUUUAUAUCCCAGCAUUUCUCUGUUAUUGGUAUGUCAGCUGAAUUCCUAAAAUUAUCUGCCAGCCAAUUAGAAGCCUUGUUACAAAUGGACUGCCCUGUGAAUUGUUCAGAGAGUGAUGUGUUCUCAAUCGUGAUUGGCUGGAUUGUUCACCAUCAUGGUUACAACUGGGAUGGGGCUGACAGAAUUGUUUGUUUAGUGCAUAUUGAGAACAUUGAUAUUCAUGAUCUUCAGAAAAUUCCAAAUUAUUCAGUUUUUGAAAAACUGUUUAAGGAAAGCAUUGUGUUCAAAAACCUAUUGAAUAUAAUUGAUAAAAAUUCACAAAAGUGUUACAGUCCUCAUGUGCCUGGUUUGAUAAACCUCAGGGGCUACACAGAGUGCGUUGUAACUUGUGGUGGGUUUAGACCGGACCUUGGAAUGUCUAACAGUGUAGAGUGGGUAGACAAUGAUGCAGGAGGUCUGCAAUAUAUAACCAGCGUUCCUCAUGUGGAUCAGUGCAAUUUUGGAUUGGCUGUGAUAAACAAUAGAAUGUAUGUGAUUGGUGGAUGUUACAACGAUGACCAAAUGGAGGAGAUUGUUCAUGGCUUUGGCUUUUGCUACGAUCCUAUGGACCAUACAUGGAUGAACAUUCCUCCUAUGAAAAACGAGCGUUGCAGGUUUUACUUGGGAGCCGUUGGUAAGAAGCUGUAUGCGAUAGGUGGAGACCCGUCAGCUUCAAUGGACAUUGGAGAUUUCGCUCAAUGUGAGUGCUUUGACACUGAAACACAUUCUUGGAAAAACAUUGCUUCGUUGCCAGGAAACAGAAUGGAGCAUGCUGGAACCUCAUUUGGCAACAGUUUAUACAUAUCUGGCGGACUGCAAGACAACGAAGGUCCUGUGUUCAAUACAUUCUUUAAGUAUGACACUGAGGCAGACAUUUGGUUGCAGCUUUCCUCAAUGCUCACUCCACGCGCUGAUCACACCAUGCUGACCUACAAAGGGGCGAUCUAUGUGGUAGGGGGUUGGUUUGAAGAUGACCUCACCCACCAACGAGUUCUUGCAAACUCAGUGGAUCGGUUUGACCUUCAGAAAGGUCAGUGGGAAAUUGUUACGGUGGUGAACCAGCCAAGGCUCUUUGCCUCAUACACAUUACUGGAUCAGAAGGUUUACAUAGUUGGUGGGUGGCUGAAUGGGGAUUGUCAAAGGAAGUGCAACACUGUGGAAAUUCUUGACCUUGAUCUUUUGACCUUGGAGGUCAAGGAAGGGUUAGUGGAAAGAGGUCAGAAAGUAAGUCAGGAAUUAUGGGAACAUACAGCCUGCAGACUAUGGCUUCCAAACACAUUGUUAAAGCCAUCAUGGUCAUAAUAUUAAAUGAUUGUAGAAAUCCAUAACAAUGUUUUUCUGGUUUGACUCUGCGUUUGGACUUCUCAGUUUUGUAUUUAUUGUUGUGUUUACACUAUUUCAUGUAUAUUCUUAUUGAUGGGUUAUAGAAAUUAUCCAGACACAAUGUGGUUCAAUUUAUUUCUCAUUCAUGACUGUAUUUAUUGAUUUACAGACCUGAAUGUAGUGAAUGUUUUCAUUUUGUGUCUGGGGAACAACCACAAUUAUAAAUGAACACUAAUGCCUCAUUUUGUAGAAUAUUAAGCAUUUUUAAAGGGAAUUUCAUCUUAUAGAUUUUAAUGAUUUUUAAUCAACAGUUAGUAAGAAAUAUUGCUUAGCUGUGAACAAAGCUGGGUGCCAAUGGAGUAGACACACUUGGCACAUUAAAAAAAUGCAUUGUGACAUUCAUAUGAUUUGCUUUCUACAUGUUUAGUAAAGUUAUCAUAAUCUUAAUCCAAAAACAUCGCCAUAGGUUUCAUAAGAUUUUAUUUAUUUAUGGUUAAUAGGAAAAUAUAAGUCAUUUAAAAAUGGCUAUUCAUUGUUUAAAACAGUAAAAAAACAAACAGUGAAAAGUACAACAUUAUUGUUACUUUUUGUUUCAUAUUUACAUAUUAGUAAAUUAAUGUUGGACAAAAAAAAAAUGAAGUCAUGAUGUUCUGAUUCAUGUUUUUUCCUGAGUAAAUCCUAUUAUAAACCAGAGUUAAUGCACCCAAUUUUUGGUUGUUCUUACAUUUAUAUUUUGAUAAUUGUGUGCAUGGUCUUUAUAAAGUAUGUGUUUUAAUUAAUUUUUCAGUCUCCUUGAUAGUGUAUUUUCUCAUUUUGAGCCUCGUUUUGGGAAAAAGGGGCUUAAUGCAUGUGUGGUAAGUAAGUGUCAUCCCAGAUUAGGCUGUGCUGUCCUCCCAGAUUAGGCUGUGCUGUCCUCCCAGAUUGUCCUGUGCAGUCAUCCCAGAUUAGGCUGUGCAGUCCUCCCAGGCUUAUCUGGGAUGACACUUUCCGCUUAGACUGGAUAUUGGCUUUAAAUAGACCACCUUUCAAAUAAAUACCAUUAAAGCAGGAAGAGUCUUCCCUGAUUAGCACGUGUGGGAUGAAACUUUAUUCAUAUGCCCGUUUUCCAGAGAAAGGCUUAUAUGUUCAUAUUAAUUGUUUGUUCUCCAUUAAUAGUGCAUUACAUGUAUCUCAUUUUGUUAGGUGUUAGUACAAAUAGUUAGUGCUUAUGAAUGCUAGUAGUUAGGAGUAUAGAUGUUAGUAGUUAGUGCUUAUGGAUGUUUGCUGUUUGUAUUAUGUGAUCGAUCAUGGUUUAUUUUUGUGAUUUUUGGAAUUUUUGGCAUUGUUAAAAAUUAAACACGAUUGUCUUGUCAAA